AGCUCCCCGGUACGAUCUCACAAAUUUCGAGAUAUCUUCACACAAGUUAUCUUGAAUCUAUUCAGAAGCAAAUAUAAAUAAUGGCUCCCUUAAUACCAUCUGCUAAAUCGACCUUGUCCUAUCCCUUAUAUGCUUGUGACUUCGAUCCCAUAAAUCCGUCCAGAUUGGUGGUUGGUGGGGGCGGCGGCGCUGGAAGGACGGGUGUGGGAAAUAAGAUUGUGAGUAUGAGGACAUUUCUGCUGAAAAAGAGUCUUUUCAUAUGCGAAAACUAUGCUCCUUCGUUUUGCAUACAUAUACUAAUAGCUACAAUUUUAAGACCCUUUUGGACACUUCAAACCCAAAUGAGCUUGUUGAAGCGGCCGAGAUAGAUCUUAGCAAGGAAGAAGACAAUGUCACCAGUCUUGCGGUCGGUCAGCCUCAAGGAAAGACAAGCUUGAUCUAUGCAGGAGUAAACUCCAGCCCGGAGGAAUUGGGCAAGGGGAUUAAUGCGCAUUUUCGAGUUAUUGGAAUAGAGCCAGUCGCCACAGGGGAAGGGAAAGGAAAGAUUACACAGUCUGUUGCGACAACGAGCAAAUUAUCCGAGAUUUCGAGAAUUUCUUUAUUUACUCAUGUGGAAAGAGAUUUAUACCAAAGAGUUACCCGGCUAUCACGGCCCUAUUUAGGACAAUCGCAAUGGGGUGCGGUUGCGACUGGACUUGCGAAGGAUUCCGAAAUCGUACUUUUUGAAACUGCGCGAACAGGACCACCUACAUCUAAGGGUGCGAUAAAACUGGCAAAGGAGGCUGUUGAUAUGGAUUUCAUACAAACUGGAAAGGAUGAUUAUCUCUUCGCAUAUGCCGAUGACCAUGAUAUCUAUGUUAGGAAGCUUGGCUCAAUAGAUGAUGGGGCAGAAUCUGAGUGUGUAUAUAUUACACCAGCCUCCAGAGGCAAGGAGAAAGUUACAUUACCAUCUUUCAGGUCAAUAAGGUGGCUGACGAAGGACUUUAUUGUCAUGCUCACGAAUAUACAUAGCCAAGGAGGAGUGGUAGUACAGAUUCUCAGACUACCUCCAAGCGGCAAAGGGCAAUGCAGAAUUGCGCAAUCACAUCGACUUCCAUCCAGUAUAACGAAGGCUACUGGACUCGCGGUCUCCAAUCUUACACCACCGGUGGCUCCUGAUGAAGAACAAGACUACACUCAAUUUGUCAUUGCGGUCGCCGGUCACGAUAUCUCCAUUUCUCUCUUCAAAGUUGAUCUCCAACAUGAAUUAAAUAAUUACUUGGUCACACCUAUCAAACCCUUCCGAACAUUCAAGAAUGUUCACCCACUUCAAAUCACAGGCAUUACAUUCUCAAAUUUUACACCACCUACCGGACCCAUUACUGCAAGCACUCCUCCUCAAUACCUCAAGCUAGCUAGUGUAGGCGUCAGCAACACAGUCAUCGUCCACACUCUCCCCUUAUUCCCCGUCCCUCUUUCCGUAAAAAGAGGCCAAUCACACACACCUCGUUACGUCGUCGCUCUUCCUUCAAGUAAAGCAAUUUACUCCUUUGGAAUCAUCCUUUCUAUGCUCCUAGCAGUAUUUGUAGCAAUCAUGAUGCAAAGCAUCUUAGAGAUCAGAGGAGUAGUAGAACCACAUUUAGGAGCAGCAAACUACCUACCUAUACCAUUACAAGAGGCACUCGGAAAACCAUACAGAUUCCCCUCCAACUACAACACACUCAAUACACAAUCCUCUACGCCCCCCAUCUCCCCGAACUCACCAGAGACAUCUCCCUCCCCCAGACUUCUUCGCCUCUCUCCGAUCCCCCGCCCCAAACUCCCCUCCCUCUAAAAUCUACCUGCACCACGGAGCUCCCAUCUCAAACAUCCCAGCCGUGGUCGAAAAUCAAGAAAUCACUUCCCCCGAUAUCUCCCCAUCAAUCCACGCCGUUCUUCACGAUGCGGAUAAACAUACCGACGGGAAAUCAUGGGAUGAAUUAACAGCGCCGCAAAAAGAACUUUGGAAAAGGAAAUUGAAGGAUGCGGGACACUGGGUUGAGGAGAUGGGGGAGGCGAUUUUAAGGGGUGGUUUUGGGGAGUUGAGGGGGUUGGUUGGCGCCGCGGUUGUGCAGGCUGCUGCUCUGUAGUGGGUGGGUGGAUAGAUUUGUGAGUGAGUAGUUGGUGCGAGGAUGGUAGGUAGGAUGAUCAUUAAUUAGGUGUGAAGAAGCUAAUGGGGUAAUAUAUAGAAUAGAGAGGGUGGAUAUAUAAAUAUAGGGGAGAGUGGGGUUUUUAAGAAUGUGGCUUGGUAAGAGAAGAGGGGAUGUGUAUACUAUUUUUGUUUGUUUGUUAUUGUUGCUGUACUGAUGGAAUUGAUUGAGCGGCGAUAGAUUAAUAGAACGGUGAAUGGAGAUUUUCAACGUUUUUUUCUUCGAUUUCUUUUAUUUCUCGUCUAUUCUUCCUAUUCAUUUAU